CUUAUGCUAAAGGAAGAAUAUAAAAGCAAGGCUAUUCAUCUAUCACUCUUGUUUAUGCUUUUCCAUAACAGCAGAUUCGAUAUUUUAUAAAAACCAAAGGGAUAAUGGCGUCUCUAGGAAUCGCAAUUAUUGGUGGAGGCAUCUUCGUCAAGGAGCAGCAUAUCCCUGCUGCUAUAACCUCCCCGUUUCUUUCAAUCAAGGCUAUCUGGUCUCGGUCUCGCAAGACCGCAGAGGAUGCCUCAAAGCUUGUGUCUAGCGAUGCUGCCCCUUCGGUAGACUUGUACUCGGCCGACUCCGGGGAGGGAAAGUCUUAUGAAGAUCUCCUCAAGCGCAGCGACAUUGAUGGAGUAAUUAUUGCUCUGCCUAUUCUGGACCAGCCAUCGUUUAUCGAGAAAGCCCUAGCUGCUGGCAAACAUGUCCUGGCGGAGAAACCGAUAGCCAAAGAUCUCGAAACAGCCAACAAGCUUAUCGAGUACUAUAAAAAAGUGUCCGCCGAGAAAAAUGUGACCCUGGCUAUAGCAGAAAACUUUCGCUUUCAGCCGGGAUGGGCCUACGGCGCUGAAGAAAUCAAGAAGCUCGGCAAAGUUACGGGUUUCGUUGUGAGGCUGCACUCGAUGAUGGAGGCAACCAACAAGUACUAUCUCACACCGUGGCGAACAACACCGCAGUACCAGGGCGGUUUCCUGUUAGAUGGAGGCGUGCAUUUCACGGCUGCUUUAAGAAAACUCUUAGGCGCGGAAAAUGCGGCUGAAUCCUUGGUGGCCGAGACCGCUUUGGUUUCAAGCCAUCUGCCGCCUGUCGACUCCAUCAACGCAAUCGUGAAGACAAAGUCGGGCGUGGUUGGCUCCUACAUCACAUCGGUCGGAACUACAAUGAAUGCGUUUGAAUUCCACAUUGCCUGCGAGCAGGGUGUUGUUAAGGUCGAGUCAGCUAAGGUGGUUACGGCCCGAGGAGUUGGAAAAGACGCGGUGGAAGAGGAAAAAGUGUUUGAGCGGACCAGUGGAGUCAAGGAAGAAGUUCAUGCUUGGGCUGAGUCUAUCCUUUCGGGGAUACCAAACCCCAACCAGACUCCCGAACAGGCGCUUGCGGAUCUAGAGUUAAUUGAGAAGAUGCUGUCGAGCGGGGAGCAGGAUGGAGCGCGCCAGAAACUUGAGUACCAGGGUUUCAUAUAGGUAGGGC